ACUCUACGGCCUCUUCCUCCUCUCCUUCUCCCCAACGCUCGCCGAGAUCGCCGGCCUCGCGGGCUACGACUUCGUCGUCGUCGACAUGGAGCACGGCCACGGCGGAAUCUCCGACGCGCUCCCCUGUCUCCACGCUCUCGCAGCCACCGGCACCGCCGCAAUCCUCCGCGUUCCUGAGAGCUCCGCCACUUGGGCUAAGAAAGCCCUUGACUUAGGCCCACAGGGGAUCAUGUUUCCGAUGAUCGAUUCCGCGGAAUCCGCCAUCGACGCCGUGUCGUUCUGCCGGUUCCCUCCCGCCGGGAUCCGUGGCUCGGCUCACUCCGUCGUCCGGGCUUCCGGUUACGGCAUCGAUGAAGGUUACCUUGGUAGUUACCAAGAAGAGCUGUUGAUUAUGUGCCAGGUUGAGUCCGUUGAGGGAGUGAAGAACGUUGGUGAGAUCUCAGCCGUUGAUGGCGUUGAUUGCAUCCAAAUGGGACCGUUGGAUCUGAGCGCCAGUAUGGGGUACUUGUGGGACCCAGGGAACAGGAAAGUGAGGCAGUUGAUGAGGGAGGCUGAGGCGAAGAUUCUGAAAAGCCGCAGCGGCGGUGGCGUCGGCGUUGGGACUUACCUGUCUGGGUUCGCUAUGCCGCAUGAUGGGCCCGGGGAUCUCAAGUCACGUGGGUAUCACAUGGUGUCUGGUGCUGUUGACGUUGGGUUGUUUAGAAGCGCUGCUGUGGAAGAUGUGAAGAAAUUCAGGUUGAGUUUGAUUGAUGAAGAUCAUGAUAGUGAGGAGGAAGAGGGUAAAGAUGGUGAUGAGAAGUACUGGAGUGAGUGAGUGAGUGAAUUUUGAUUCUUAGUUUAUCUUGUUUUCACUGUUAUGUUCCUCAGAUUUUGUAAAUUAGGUCAUGUAGUUGUUGGAUAUGCUGAUUUUGCUGCUCAAUGAAUAUUAAAGUUUUGACUUUUUGAUGCUC